AUGGGUUGGAGAAACCUUUGGAAUUUUUUCGCCAAGAAGAAGCACAAACCAGUGAUACGAUAUCUACGCCAUCACAGUGCCUUGACAAAGCCUAAUAGCAAGGUUCGAAUCGACAUCCAGGGAUCUAUAUUUCCGACCAUUCGAUAUGCUUACUCGCACUCAUCGUCUCUGGAGAACGCCCACAAGCUCGUUUUGAAACGUAUCAAGCAGCUUGGUCGUCGUGAGGAUUCGGUCUUGUACUUUGACGGCGACCCAGCGCAGGAGAAGCAGGAGACACAUCAGCAACGAGCGGACGCUCGCAAAAAAGCUUUGAAGGUAGCCGAGGAGAAGGUCGAUGAGUUUGCAAUGCGUGUGGAGAAUGGCCUCAGGAUUCGGAAGCAACAACAUAUCAACGUCAACAAAAAUCUCACCAAGGGAUUCUGUUGGGACCCGGAGGCUCGUGAGUCUCUGAUCAUCUAUCUCGAGAAGGAGAGCUGGACCGUGACUCGAUCCCCAACGGAGGCUGAUAUCCAGAUUGCUGCGGAUUGCAAGGAUGGUGAUGUAGUCAUUUCUGGUGACUCAGAUUUGGCUAUCCAUCCUCGCGUCACUAUGAUCCGGCGGCCGAUAUCUGGCGGCCGAUUUUUCGAGUACCAAAUGAAAGACGCCAUGGCAACCUUGGGGGCUAUUAGCAGGACACAGCUGACAGUCCUCGGUAUUGUUUCGCACAGCGACUAUAACAAGAACGUCGUUAUCAAGAACAAGAACAGGCUGGAUUUCGAUGCAUCUAUCAGGGUGUUUGCGCACGGCCAACAGAUCCCCAUCCCCCGCCAAGAAUCCAAUCUUUGUGCGCUGACUGCGGGCAAGAUCAAGGCCAAGUUCGAUAAUGCCAAGGAACUACUUGCACAGAGGAGGAAGGCGGAGUCGGAAGCGAAAUUGUCAGCAAAGAGUGAUAUGACUCGCGAUCGUGUCUAUAGGCACAAGGCGUCCCAAACAUUUAACCGGUACCGGGUGAUCGACCGACCUCCGCCACAGGACAAGAAGCCUAUCGGAUACAGGACUACCACAGAUGUUGUACAGCAGGAACAGCCAGCACCACCUGCACCAUAUCGACCGCGCUACUCCUUGAAGUCUCAUACCCGCAAGUCGCACGAAUCCCCAAGCGCAAUGAAGCAGCAUAAACUCAAACCCUGGAAGAACAAGUCUGAAACCCCCGACGAGACUCCAACUGCUCCCGUUACCGAUGUGCCUAAGGCCCCACGUCGAGAUGACAAAGGCACACCUGGUCAAGGCUCUUGCGUGGGAACAUCCCAUGGCGACUCUGACAUUGGAGCGCUGAAGGCAAACGUCAAGAAUGCUCCCAAGGUCAAGGACAUCUCAAGAGAUCCGAUCGAGCUGGCGGAGGAUAGUGCAGUGGCCAACGAAACGAUUGACUGUGUACAGGCGAUUGUCAAGGAAGCCAACCGGGUCAAACGCAAAUAUCAAGGUCUUUUCGGGGCAUACUUUGAACGAUUUGACAGAGAUGGCGCUACCUCCAACGAUAAAGCGUUCCUGAAGGAGAUCUGCCCGCCUAUUCCUCGAGAGAUGACUGAAGACGCCGCCUCCAACACACUGCCGAGCCAGGACAGCACUACCUUGGAUGAUGACGAGGGCACUUCUGACAGACAGGUUCAAUUUAUUGGAUGCUUCAUGAGAUAUCUCUACUCAAACAACUAUCCAAGGAACACUGGAAUUGGCAUCGUUGUCAACAGAUUCAUUGAGCGGUUGGAGCAGAUGAAACUGCACAAAUCUGUCCGUAUCAGAGGUUCCAUUGACAAGAAACCGGCGUUCUCUUCUGGUGAACUUGUUCGCUCAGCCUCUGUCCAACUCGCAGUUGAAAUGAAGAAGAUCUAUUGGCAUGGAAGCGUUCAGCUGUUGGAGCAGCUCAGGACUCAGUUCGAGCGUGAUAAAAAGCAAAACCCUCCCAACAUCCGUGCAGAUGAGGACAAGAAUCCGAAUGCUCGAAAGGAUGUGGAUGCCCCUAAGGAUGCUGAUGCUGUCGGGGACUCUAGUAAUGCCGAACAUACCGCUGCCCACAAGGACAAGAGUACCGUUGGUGACAGGGACAUGGACACCGCUCCCAACAAGGACAUGGACACCGCUCCCAACAAGGAUAAGGACAUCAUUGCCAACAAGGACAAGGACGGGAACAACACACAGUCAAGCGGUUUCACUCUAUUGAUCUACAAUAAUCUGAGCGCGGUCGAGAAUUUUUCGACGCUCAACAAGCUUGUCAAGAAUCCUCGCAGAAUCAGAGCUGCUGGUCCUAUUCUGUGGUCGACAGCUCUCACAGGACCGGAUUCGAUUCUGGGCGGAUCACACCUUUUCAACCAAACCUCCAUCGACAAUUUGCAAAACAUCUGGCUGGACACUGUAGAGCCUGGCUUCCUCAUCAAGUCGCUACUGGCCGAUGUUGGUCCCAAGAACCUCUCUGCCCGCAAGCGAGGCAAGGCAGGUUAUAGGGGUGCAAUUAAGUUGACUUUGAUGGACGAGAUCAGGGAUCAUCUGCGUCCGCUUAGGGAGGGAAACCUUGUUCCUAACGAGUAUGGCUCCAAGGGAUAUGCGCUCAGGGCAUCGAUCCGAACGGAUGGUUUUCGCCUCCAGCUCUUGUCGUUCAAGCUCAAGGAACUUCAGUCUGUGCGUUUCAAGCGGCUUCCAGAGGUGGCCUUACCUCCUCGCCUGACCUCGACUAUCGGCGGCACCGACUACUUCUUGCUGGAAAUUCGCAACGUCAUCAAGACCCCAGCGGAUGUCUCGCGGCAUUGGGCGAGCUGCAAACCUGAGAAUAUUUAUAUUCUUUGUCUCGAUCUUGGCCAGGCAUUCGUUUGUGGAGCCAGCGUGCUGCUGCCGGACUCUUCCAGAACGGCUGCUUCCACCCCGCCGAACCCUUUGCCCGCCACGACGACUAUCACUCCUUCGACAUCCUUGAUUGCACCGAUCGCUUCCACAUCUACGACACUCCCACGAGCCCUGGUCACAUCUACCCCAUCAUCUGCUCUAGCUCGAUUGGCUUCCGCUGAUUCUCCUUCUAGUACGUCCGAUGACCAGCAGAUCUUCCAUAACGUGGCCGUCUCCCAAAAAGCUGUGUCUCAGCCUACUCUGAAGCACCGACGAUGGAUGCAAGAUCAGAACAAGGUUGUCCCUCAAGGUGCAGAACAGUCCAUCUCGGACCUGGAGUCAGGCUUGCCUCCCCUUCGUGGCGAGGGUGUCAGCGUUGUCGAGUACAUGGAGGAACUGGCGCAAGUACAGGAUCGGCUAGACGAUUUUUAUAACGGCAACAACCAGCUUUACAAACGACAUGGUUGGGACGCCAGGCGCGCCAAGGAAGAGGAGUUUAAAACUGUUGCCAAUCGCUUGUUGAACGCUGUGGGAGGCUCAGUUGGCCGGAAGAAGGAGGACGAUGAUAUGGUUGUGAUCGGAAUAGGCCUUGGCCAGUUCAAGUCCAAUUCUGGUCUCAGUUCCUUGCACGGUUCAUUUUUCGGCUACUUUCUACAGCUUACAAGGUCCCUGGGAUACAUUGUCUUGGGCCCGAACCGGCAUUACUCCAAGCGGGCUCGGUUCGUCAUCUCGUCAGUCAACAUGCUUGCUCCAGGUGCCACAAUGUGGGUCCCGAAAAAAAACAAUGUCAUCGAUGAGGAUCAGCUAAAUGUAGAUCUGGAGAGUGACUUCGACAGCUUCCGACUUCGACGCCUUGAGGAGUCACGUCAACUGAUCUACAUUCUUCCUAUGGCCAAGGCCAAUCUUCAGGCCCGCGACGACGCCCUCUUACCAGUCAUGGAGAAGGCUUUGCGGCCCCUUCAUGUGCAGAGGAUAUAA